AUGCAUCGUCUUUUUGCUGAGCUGGAGCCAUCUUUAACCGUCACAGAGCAAAACCUGGCAGACCGAGUUCGGUAUAUCUUGCGCUCAAAUAUAUUUGAUGUCGCCGAACUCGAACGGCUACGACGUGAGGCUGUUCCCUCGUCGGAUGAGAAUGCUACGGCUGAGGAUGCGGCGCCACAAAUGGUAGAGCAACCCGCAAACGUGGAUGCCGCCGUGAAUACCCCAGUUGUGGUUGAUUCAAACGAUGAUGGAACAGUCGCCCAGGAACUGGAAUUAGAGCAUAUGAGGAGUACAUUGGAAGAGGCGAUUGUGGAAACGCGCAGUACGCCUCUCGAAAAUCGACCGCGACUUCCCCGCAUAGCCCUAAGCAAGCAGAAUCGGGCUGUCGUGAGGGCUCUGAACCCAAUGCUGGUGACCUAUUUGGAAGCCAGCCGGGACCUUGCAAGACGGACUCAAUUCUUUUUGGCGCCGCGCUGGCAGUCUGCCGUAUCAUAG